AUUGGUCAAUGGCGAGAGACAGUGCCGCCGCCAGCGUCGGCGUCAGCCCCCGUCGUCGUCGCUUAGGCAAUAUUCUCUACGAAAUUUGGAAUGUCGCAGUGGGACAAUGCAGGCGCGCUCGCAGGGAUCGGCUUCGGCGCGCUGCUGCUCGUCCUCGGCCUCGCAGCCGGCAUUUGGUGGUACUGCAAAAGGAGGCACCGCAGCUCCUCGCAAGGACACGUGAUAACAUUGUCUCCUGAUCCGAAACAUCAGCACUCGGUGUACACCCAACAACCCAGCGGCUACCAACAACAGCAAACCGGUUAUUCACAGCAGCAAACCGGUUACUCGCAACGCCAAACUGGCUACCCACAGGUGCCAAUGAUCCAAAACGAUGAUGUUGCUACCGUUGAUCUCGAGAUAAGCGACGCGUUCUCCGUGCCCCGAGUCGCCCCAGAUCGACCUGCGGCAAGACCAGUGGGUCGCGCCCAGAACACUGCGACACUGAACGUGUCGAGUGCGUUGGCGCCGCCCGCCCUUCCCUCUCGCGCGCCGUCUCCCUUCAGUCCCAUGCGGUCCCCGCACGAGCUCUACGACUGAUACAAUGGAAAUACUUCGUCCGGUUACUUAAAAGUGACCAAUUAUAAAGAAGGCUUUAAUAGGUAGUUCUUGCACCGGUUGAGUAAACCCCCAUAUAUCUGUGUUGGGCUCUUCUUUUACAUUAGUUUCUUCACAAAAUCAAUUGUAAUAGCUUAAAUUAUUUUAUGAUGUACCUAGAUAAUUGAGUGAAUUCUUAUACUAUAAUACAACGCAUUUCGUAAUAUAAUAGAUAGGUAGGUAGUAAUAUAAUAAAUAGCUCGAUGAAAGUAGGUAAAUCUCUUUUAGUUAACUCAUAACAAGUAUGAACUCUUCAAGUAAAUUUGCCAGCACUAUAGUAGGCACUUAGGUUGAGAACAUACAGGGAUUGUGACCACCAAUUCUAAGUUAAAUUACUUUAUUACUUAAUACUUUAUAAAAUAAACGCAAAACAAAAAGCCACGUGAUUUUUCUUUAAAAAA